GCCCGCCCUGCCCGCGCCCCGCGCCGCGUCCCGCCCGGCCCGAGUCGGACAGUCCCGCGGCGGGGCGAGCGGCCGAGCAUGGAGGCGGGGGCGCCGCGGCAGGCCGGUGGGCGGCAGCGGCCCCCGAAGGACGAGAAGGAGGUGAUCCGCCGGGCCAUCCAGAAGGAGCUGAAGAUCAAGGAGGGCGCGGAGAACCUGCGGCGGGCGGCCCGGGACCGCCGCCACCUGGGACACGUGCAGCAGCUGCUGCGGGUCUCGAACCAGCGGCUGGAGCGGCUGCAGCAGGAGCUCCGGGGGCUGCAUGCCAGCGUCCAGCUGCCCGAGCCCGGCCCGGCCGAACCCGAGGGCUCGGGGCGCCCGGCGGCCCCCGAGCAGCCCAAGGCGCUGCUGCUGGAGGCGCUGCAGAGGCAGCUGCAGGUGGAGCUGCAGGUGGAGCAGGGGGCCAGGAACAUGACCCGCACCUACGCCAGCGCCACCCCCAAGGAGAAGAAGCUCCUGGCCGCCGUCCAGCAGAUGCUCCGGGACAGCCAGCUCAAGGUGACUCUGCUGCGGAUGAAGAUCAGCCACCUGCAGGCGCCCGGCUCCCCGGAGCCAGGGCUGGAGCUGCGGGUGGAGGAGCUGCGGUACCGCCGGCAUGUGGAGGCCGCCGUGGCGGAGGGGGCCAAGAACGUGGUGAAGCUUCUCGGGGGGCGGCGUGCGCAGGACCGGAAGGCGCUGGCCGAGGCUCAGGCCCAGCUCCAGGAGUCCUCCCAGAAACUGGACCUUCUGCGUCUGGCCCUGGACCGGCUGCUGGACAUGCUGCCCCCUGCCCACCCUCUACGGGCCAAAGUGGCCCAGGAGCUGCGGACCCCUGCGUCUGGGAACCCCCAGCCUUCUGGGACGAUCAUAAAGCCCACCGCCAUGACAGGCACGCUGCAGGUGCACCUGCUGGGCUGUGAGCACUUGCUGAGCGACGUCCCCGGACGGUCCCCGGCGGCCGCGCUGGCCGGCAGUCCCUCGCCCGGCUGGCUGCUGGGCCGGGCCAAGCAGCCCCGUGGCCAGAAGGAGCUUUCCCGGGAGGUGCAGGCUGUGCUGAAGGUGGGCAGCCGCGUCGUGGGCCAGACGGGCUGGGGGCCCGUGUGCAGGAAGGCCUGGGAGCAGACCCUCACCGUGCCGCUGGAGCGGGCCCGGGAGCUGGAGAUCGGCGUGCGCUGGCGCGACUGGCGGCAGCUAUGCGGCCUGACCUUCCUGCGGCUCGAGGACUUCCUGGACAACGGCUGCCACCACCUCAGCCUCAGCCUCCUGCCGCAGGGCUGGGUCUUCCUCUGGGUGACCUUCUGUGACCCUGUUAUUGAGAGGAUACCCCGGCUGCAGCGGCAAAAGCGCAUUUUCUCCAAACGCAGAGGCCGCGACUUCGCCAGGGCGUCCCAGAUGAACCUCAGCAUGGCGGCCUGGGGGCGCCUGGUCACGACCCUGCUGCCCCCCUGCAGCGGCCCCAGCACCAUCAGCCCCCCCAAAGGGUGCCCCCGAGCCCCAGCCGCAGGCCGGGGGGCUCCAGGCCCCACACCUCCCAGCCGCCUCCCGGCCAAGCAGCCCCCCGUGGGAGAAGAGGGGCUCAGGCCCCCGCCGAAGCCCCCACGCCUCUACCUGCCCAGGGAGUCCACCCUGGAGGAAACACCGCGCACCAAGCGGCCCCACGUGGAGGCCAGGCCGCAGCCUGGGCCGCGUCCCCGCACUCCCGGCUCCAGGAAGGCUCCGCGGCUUCAGGACUUCCGCUGCGUGGCCGUGCUGGGCCGCGGACACUUUGGGAAGGUGCUCCUGGUCCAGCUCAAGGCGACAGGGAAGUAUUACGCCAUCAAGGCGCUGAAGAAGCAGGAGGUGCUGAGUCGGGACGAGGUGGACAGCCUGUACAGCGAGAAGCGCAUCCUGGAGGCCGUGGGCCGCGCCGGGCACCCGUUCCUGCUCUCCCUCCUGGCCUGCUUCCAGACCCCUGGCCACGCCUGCUUCGUGACCGAGUUUGCGCCCGGCGGGGACCUCAUGAUGCAGAUCCACGAGGACGUUUUCCCAGAACCCCAGGCCCGGUUCUACCUGGCCUGCGUGGUGCUGGGACUGCAGUUCUUGCACGAGAAGAAGAUCAUCUACAGGGACCUGAAGCUGGAUAACCUCCUGCUGGACGCCCAGGGCUUCCUGAAGAUCGCGGACUUCGGGCUCUGCAAGGAAGGUGUGUCCGCCGUCCUGCCGCCCCUCUCCCAGGCCACCCCCCUGCACCGUCCUCCGUCCACACGUCCCUCCCUGCCCAGGGACCUCCCGGGGCCCGGCUGGCCCCUUGGGGCAGCACAGAGUCAGGGUGGCUGUCCUCUUGCAGGAAUCGGCUUCGGGGACCGGACCAGCACCUUCUGCGGAACCCCGGAGUUCCUGGCCCCCGAGGUGCUGACGCAGGACGCCUACACGCGGGCCGUGGACUGGUGGGGGCUGGGCGUGCUGCUUUACGAGAUGCUGGUGGGAGAGUGCCCGUUCCCAGGGGACACGGAGGAAGAGGUGUUUGACAGCAUCGUCAACGAGGAGGUCCCCCGUCCCCACUUCCUGUCCGUGCAGGGGCUGGAGCUCAUCCUCAAGGUGUCGGGCAGCCCGUGGUUCGGGGGUUGGGGGUGGGGGUGGGUGGAGCCACACACUGAGUCUGAGGGCGCCCGUGUGACUGGCCCCCCACGGGCCCCCACCAGCUUCUCCAGAAGUGCCCCGAGCAGCGCCUGGGUGCAGGCGAGCGGGACGCCGAGGAGAUCCAAGCCCAGCCUUUCUUCAGGACCACCGACUGGCAGGCCCUCCUGGCCCGCAGCGUGCGGCCGCCCUUCGUGCCAGCCCUCCGCAGUCCCACCGACCUGCGCUACUUCGAGGACGAGUUCACGGGCCUGCCCCCCGCACUGACGCCGCCCGACGGCCGCAGCCCGCUCAGUGCCCACCAGCAGGCCGCCUUCCGGGACUUCGACUUCGUGUCCGAGCAAUUCUUAGAGCCCUGAGCGUCCCCCGGAUG